CAGAGCGCGAAGAGAAAAAAACAUGGAGAUGUGGUUCUUCAUCGCCGUCUCUCUCUCCAUCUCUCUCUUCCUCCACGCCGUCUUCAGUCUCCGCCGCAGCCCCCGCCGCCUCCCGCCGGGCUCCCACAGCGCCAUCCCCUUUGUCGGGACCCCCCAGGGCCUUGCCGGCCUCGUGCCCCACCUCCGCCGCCUCCACCGCCGCCUCGGCCCCAUCGUCACCGUCCGAAUCAACAGCCGCCCGGCGAUCUUCGUCUCCGACCGCUCUCUCGCACACCAAGCCCUCAUCCAAAACGGCGCCGUAUUCUCCGACCGGCCUCCGGCUCUUCCGGCGGGAAAGGUCUUCUCCAGCAACCAACACAACAUCAGCUCCGCCUCGUACGGCCCCACGUGGCGGAUCCUCCGCCGCAAUCUGACCUCCGAGAUCCUCCAUCCCUCGCGCUUGAGAUCUUACUCCCACGCGCGCAAGUGGGUCCUGCAGAUCCUCGUGGAUCGGUUCCGCACGAGCGGUGGGCAAGAGCCCGUCGUCGUCGUCGACCAUCUCCACUAUGCCAUGUCCGCUCUUGUCGUGCUCAUGUGUUUCGGUGACAAACUCGACGAGAAAAUCAUCAAACAGGUCGAAUCCGCCCACAGAAAGCUCCUCCUGAGCGUCAGCAGAUUCAAUAUCCUGGACGUUUGCCCCAAAAUCACCAAAUUCCUUUUCCGGAAGAGAUGGGAGGAAGUUCUCCAGCUCCGGAGAGACCAAGAAGCGCUGCUGCUUCCUCUGAUUCGUGCCCGGAGGAAGAUUGUAGAGGAGAACGCGAGACCUGGGAUCUCCGACAGCGACAACAAAGACUAUGUCGUGUCGUACGUCGACACCCUCCUCGACCUCGAGCUCCCAGACGAGAAGAGGAAGCUCGACGAGGGCGAGAUGGUGACCCUGUGCUCGGAGUUCCUCAACGGCGGCACCGACUCGACGGCGACGGCCCUGCAGUGGAUCAUGGCGAAUCUCGUGAAAUACCCAGAAGUCCAAAAACGAUUGCACGAAGAGAUCAAGAGCGUGACCGGCGAGACAGGGGGAGAGGUCAAGGAAGACGAUCUGCAGAAGAUGCCGUACUUGAAAGCGGUGGUGUUAGAGGGUCUGAGGAGACACCCGCCGGGACAUCUCGCGCUUCCGCACCGCGUGACAGACGAGACCGAUCUGGGCGGCUAUUCGGUUCCAAAGAACGGCACGAUAAACUUCAUGAUUGCGGACAUGGGUCGGGACCCGGAGGUCUGGGAGGAUCCGAUGGCGUUCAAGCCGGAGAGGUUCGUCAACGGCGGAGAUCCCAUCGACAUCACUGGGAGCCGAGGGAUAAAGAUGAUUCCCUUCGGGGCGGGACGGCGGAUCUGCCCGGCAUUGAACCUGGCGUUGCUCCAUCUCGAGUACUUCGUGGCGAAUCUUGUGGCAGCGUUCGAGUGGAGAGCUGCGGAGAACGAUGACGUGGACUUGUCGGAGAAGCUGGAGUUCACGGUGGUGAUGAAGAAUCCGCUGAAGGCGCAUGCUGUGCCGAGAAGCUUGUAACGAGAGAGAGAAGAGAGGGUUGGUGGGUUUUAAUUUAGUAAUGCGGUUCAUGUUUUGGUGUUUUGCUUCUUGUGGGUUUUGAUGAAUAAAUUAUGCGACAGUUACUAAUUUA